CACCCAUUAAUCAGCUGCUAAUAAUACGAGUAACUAAAUUGGCUUCUUCUUCUCCCAUAAUAAAAAAUGGCGACUUCGGGUACCAACAAUGUUGUUGUUCGUCCAAUGGCCAACUUUUCCCCUAGCUUAUGGGGCGAUCGCUUUUAUUCCUACUCCAUCGAUCAUAAGGUUGGAAAAGCAUAUGCUGAAGAGAUUGAAAAUUUGAAAGAGCAAACAAGGGCAAUGUUGUCAUCGCCUGAUGAUUUGGGAAGCUCAUACGACACCGUUGAGAAACUGAAAUUCAUAGACUUGUUGGAACGGCUCGGAAUUUCAUAUCAUUUCGAGAAAGAAAUUGAGGAUCACUUGCACCAUAUUUCCACCAUUGCCCAUCAUCAACAUCACUAUAAUGAUUUGGAAACAGUUGCCCUUCAAUUUCGCUUACUGAGGCAACAUGGUUUCCACAUUUCUUCAGACAUUUUCAAUGGCUUUGUGGGCAUGGACGGCAAAUUCAAAGACACCUCAAAUGUGUCAGGUCUAUUGAGUUUGUAUGAGGCUUCAAUGGUGAUCACUCGUACCGACGACAACAUUUUGGGAGGCGCAUUUGAUUUUGCCAACACCCGUCUUCGAACUGCCGCCGCCGCCGCUACGACGACCAGUACUCUCGACAAGCUUGUGGCACAUGCCCUUGAACAACCACUCCAUACUGGCAUGCCCCGAAUUGAAACACGCUUUUUCAUCUCUGUCUACGAAGCAAAUCCAUCCAGGAAUAAUGACAUCUUGCUCCGCUUUGCCAAGUUGGACUAUAACACUCUUCAGAUGUUGCACAGGCAAGAGCUAAGUGAAAUAUCAAGGUGGUGGCAAGGGUUGAAUUUCGCAAAAACCCUUCCGUACGCAAGGGAUAGAGCGGUGGAAUGCUAUUUUUGGGCACUUGGGGUAUACUUUGAGCCCAAAUAUUCAAAGGCGCGGGUUAUGCUUGCUAAAAACAUUUGCAUUGUUUCAAUCUUGGAUGACACUUACGAUGCUUAUGGCACCAUACCUGAAUUAGAUGUCUACACCCAUGCUGUAUCCAAGUGGGAUAUUAGUGAAAUAGAUCAUCUACCGGACUACAUGAAGAUCAGCUACAAAGCUCUGCUAGACAUUUUUGAGGAGGACGAAAUGAAACUCUCCAAGGAAGGAAGGUCAUUUGCUGUUCACCACGCCAAGGAAAGAAUGAAGGAACUCGUGAGUGCCUACCUUAUUGAAGCCAAGUGGCUUAGUGAAAACCAGCACAAACCACCAAUUGCGGAGUACCUAAGGAAUGGACUCAUUAGUUGCACAUACUACUUACUUGCCACCAUAUCAUGUUAUGGGUUGGAGUGUGCUGAUGAGCAAGUGUUUGAAUGGCUAAUGAAAAAUCCAAAAGUUCUGGAGGCAUCAACCAUGAUAUGCAGGACUAUAGAUGACAUAGCCACCUUUGAUGUUGAAAAAGAGAGAGGACAAGAGGUGACUGGCAUUGAAUGCUACAUGAAUGAACAUGGAGUGGCACUGGAUGUGGCAUUGGAGACUUUUAAUGAAUUGGCGAAAUGCGCAUUGAAGGAUUUGAACCAAGGCAUACUUAAGCCAACACCGGUUCCCAGAGAGAUCCUCCUGCGCAUCCUAAAUCUCAGCCGUAUUGUGUAUGUUACAUAUCAACACAACCAAGAUGGAUAUACUCAUCCCGAGAAAGUCUUGAAGCCUCACAUUUUGGCCCUUCUCCUCCAUCCCCUACCACUCUAAUUCCACAUACAUACAUGCAUAUUUCAUCCAUCCAUCCAUUAAUAAUCCAAUCAUUA